CAUUCCGAAAUAUAUUAGCAAUGCUGAAAAUCUUUACAAGAAAAUAAUUCAUAUUAUCUCGCAAAUAACAAUAAACAAAGGAUAUUAUAGUUUCCAUGGCAUUACUGGCCCUCUUGCAAAUAACAGUAAACAAAAGACAUUAGUUUCCAUGGCAUUAAUGGUCUGAUUGACUCUCGCUGGAGAGCAAAUGCCAUUAAGAAAAGAAGAAGAAUAGUUUCCAUACGUAUCUACUAUCUGUACACGCAUUAUUCUAUUAUCAUUAUCUGGACAGAGUGUGGAAUAUCAACGAAGCAUAUCUUUAACAGAACUUGAAAUCAGAUUCUAUCAAUCAAGAUAUUUUAGCAGAAAAGGAACACAUAUUAUAAAAUGGAAGGGAAAGAAAUUUCUAGCAAAGAACAAGUUGAGAACAUCUUUACAGAAUCUUCAGGAAAGCAGGUUUCAUCAUUUUUACCUUCAUAUGUCAAGAGUUACUCUAGCACAUGGAGUGAAUCAACUACAUUCGACUAUUCAUGGAAAAUCGAUCAAUUUAAGCUUCUUCAUAAAAUCAUAGAUACAUUACAUUCUCCACGAUUUCCAGAAAAUGGUGAAAACAUGAUUCAAUUGAACAUUAUACGUAAGCCUAAAUCUCUAAGUAUACAAUUUUACAUACGUACUAGUAGAGCAUUUAACGGUUUAUGUUGUACUGUGAUAAAUUCGGCUGAUGUCAAAUCAUAUAAUACCUUAUAUAGUAAAUCAAUUUCGGGUCAAAUAACGGAUAUGACAUUAUUAAUAGAAAUAUCGGAAUUUGUAUAUACUAACACCGAUACGUUUAUAAUAGACUUCAAAUUUGAAAUUUUUCAAAAAAUAAUAAGUAAUGCAAUACAUAUGAAUUUAUUACCACCCUCAACAGUAUAUUCAAAAGACGUUAAAUCUGAAAACUCAACAGUUGAUCAGUUUGAAUGUAAGAAUGAGGACACAAUCAAAUUUAUAAUAAAUAAAGAACAAUAUGUUAUACCGAAAAAAUUGUUAUAUGCUACCAACAGUAGCUACUUUAAGAAUAUCUGUCUUACACAUAAGGAAAACGAAAAAGAUUUGACAAAUGAAUUAAUAACAAAUGAGAUAGAAGCUUUUAAAUACCUUUUAUUAUUUAUUAUAACUGCAGAUUCAAUAAAAAAGAUACAAAAUAAUUAUGACAAGCUUAAAAAGUUGUUAACAAUAGCCGAUAAGUAUGAAGUAUCAGUUUUAAAAUUAACAUGUGAACAUUAUUUGUUACGCUAUAUUAUGAUUGAAAAUGCCGUGGAACUUAUACAGCUUGCGUUUUCGUCUAAUGCAAAAUUUUUAGAAUCGCGCUCAGCAACCUUUCUUAAAUUUCAUAAAAACGAGAUUGUAAAUACUAACGAAUUUCGAAAUCUAUCGCAAAAAGAUUCAUGUAAGAUAAUGGAAUUGAUUGAGAAGAGCGAAAUACUUGAAAGCAGUUGUAAUCAUAAAUUCGUUAAUUUCGUCAUUUAGUAACUAAUAAUCUAAUAAUUUGCUACUUUUUGAUUUAUAUAAUAUUGCUAUCUUAGAUGUAGAUCAACAGAAUAUAAUAAACGUAUUUUACGUUUAAUUUAAUUAGCAAAAUUAUUAUUAACAAAUGAAAUUAUUUUUAAUUAUAUUUAAUACAGUUUAGUUAUACAAUUUUCUCUCUAUAAAUUAAUUCAGAACUAAAGAAAUUAAAAAAUAACAGAAUUCUUAAUUCUUAUAAGCUUAUAUUAACCAUAUAUGUUUUAUUUACUUCUAUCAGUAUCGUAUUCAAUGAAAAAAUUCAAAUUGUUCUUUAGAUUAAUUUUUAUACACAUAGUGCCAGAAUCUUUAGCAAAUUCUUUUUUCAAUAGUAGCAAAUUGUUUUGAUGAAUUUAAAGUUAAUUUUGUUUUUCAGUGUUUAUCAUGCAAUGUUAAUGUUUGUAAUUAUAUAUUUUUCGAUGUUAUGAUUAAUUUGGUUGUCAAUAAAAUUGAAAUAAUAUUGAAUUCAUAAUUAUACCUUAAUGUAAACAGAUAAAAAAUUUUCAAACUUA